GAAAUUCAAGGAUGCCAAACUUGAUUACUGUAUGAAAAUAAAGCUAGCAAGAGACAUAAACAUAGGCUAUAAAAAGGCCAAGUUCUCAGUUUAGAUUUGCAAUUGGAAAUGGAGCUGCUUUACAAUCCAUUUUUUCAAUCUCUUAUUCUCCUUGUCUGCCUUCUGAUUUGGCUUAAACCAGCAAAAGGGAAAAAGCUGAAUUUGCCUCCAUCACCGCCCAAGUUACCAAUUAUUGGCAACAUUCAUCAACUAGGCAAACUUCCCCACUGCUCUCUCCGUGAUCUCUCUAGGAAGUAUGGUUCUCUCUUGCUUCUACAAUUGGGUUAUAAUCCAACUUUAGUGGUUUCAUCAGCCGAGAUGGUUAGAGAGAUUGUCAAAAAUCAUGAUGUUGUUUUCUCCAACAGACCAAGAACCACAGCAGCAAAUAUCAUACUUAAAGGAUGCAGGGAUGUGGGUUUUGCACCUUAUGGUGAGUACUGGAGACAACUUCGGAAGAUCUUUGUUCUUGAGCUUCUGAGCAACCGAAGAGUACAUUCAUUCCAGUAUGCCAGAGACGACGAAGUAGAAUCUCUUAUCAACAAAAUCAGUCGUGCUUCUGUUAAAGGAGAGUCCAUUAAUCUGACUGAUAUUCUGGUGAACGUUUCACAUAACGUGGUUUCCAGAUGUGUUCUUAGUGGGAGAAGUGAAGAAGGAGAAGACAGUCACAGCAAGUUCGGAGAGUUGGCGAGAAGGGUGAUGGUUCUCUUUAUGAGUUUCUGUGUCGGUGAUAUGUUUCCAUACUUGAGGUGGCUGGAUGUGCUCACUGGAUAUGUUCCAAGUUUGAAAGCAGCAUCUGGUGAUUUAGAUAAAUUUUUUGAUCUGAUAAUUAAGGAACAUAGAGCUUUAAAAAAUCAUGAUGAGGUUACCAAUAAGAAAGAUUUCAUUUCUAUUAUUCUCCAACUCCAAAAGGAUGGCAUGCUUGAGAUGGAUCUCAGUCAAGACGACAUCCAAGCAGUCAUACUCGUUAGUCAACUCUCCUUUGACAUGUUUCUUGGAGGAACAGAUACCACUGCAACGACAUUAGAAUGGAUGAUGGCUGAACUCCUAAAGCAUCCAAAUAUCAUGGAAAAGGUUCAGGAAGAGAUAAGAAAUGUGGUGGGAAAGAAACCAAAGGUAGACGUGGAUGACAUCGGUAAAAUGGAAUAUUUAAAAUGUGUCAUCAAAGAAACUUUUAGACUACAUCCACCUGUUCCUCUCCUGCUUCCUAGAGAAACAUCAGCAAAUCUUAAAUUGGGAGGUUAUGAUGUUCCUUCCGAUGUUACAGUCUUUAUCAAUGUAUGGGCUAUUCAAAGAGAUCCCAAAUGGUGGGAAAAACCAGAGGAGUUCAUCCCAGAGAGGUUCGAGAAUAGCUCUGUUGAUUACAAAGGUCAAGAUUUCCAGUUCAUCCCAUUUGGUUUUGGAAGAAGGGGCUGCCCUGGGCUGCUAUUUGGAGUUGCUUCUGUUGAGUAUGUGAUUGCCAACCUCCUAUAUUUGUUUGAUUGGAAGCUGCCUGAUGGUGAAAUUGGGAAGAACUUGGACAUGACUGAACUUUAUGGUCUAACAGUUAACAAGAAAUUCCCUCUUCAUGUUCUACCUAUAUCUCAUGUAAUGUGA